AUGCCAUUGAAGAAAAAAUUUUCAAGUCAUUUUGACAAGCUAUGCAAUGCUAGAAAGAGUAUAGAGAAAUCAAGAGAUCAAUCCGAAUUAUUUAUCGAGUUGAUCAACGGUUUUAGAGAGAAGGUAGCCAAAGGUGACCUGUCCACAUCGUAUGGACCUUUACCAUCGUCUUUGCAGAUGUUCCAAGUGGAAUAUAGUCCUGAGCUGGAAGUGUAUGCCCAAAUCAAUACUAUUCAAUGCCAAAACGAAAACUUCACUCCAUCAGGGUCAUCAAUGAGUUACUACACGUUUUACGAAACUCCAAGCGAUAAUUUGAACAACAUCACUGUGAUAAAUCUUGCCUUGGCUAGUUGGAUGCAAGAGAUCUUGAACACAAAUUUCGGCAGCCAGGUCACGUAUACCAACCAAAACAUGAAGGAUUUCGCAAAUAUGAUCUACUACAAGUCAACAAAAGCUGGAUGCGCAUAUCAGGAAUGUAGUCAGCCAGCGCCACCAAGGGCCGUUGUAGCCUGCAUAUUCAAUUCUGCGUAG